AUGGUUCCCGAAGGGGAAACAUGGGGAAUUAGUGUGAGUAAUUUCAUCAUUGUGGCUUCAUACGGAAGAAGACAUUUUGUAGAUGAGGUGCCAGGAUUAUACAUUAGACGCCUUAGAUUAGAGGACCCAAAAAGCGCCAGAGAUCGUCCUCACACAGGACCUCCUACAAAACAUUCCUGUCAUACCAGUAAUAAUUACUUUUUUUCGGGGCGUGGAACUUCUAGUAGUUAUAGAUCAUGGCUUAACCAAAUAAGAAAUGAGAGACAGGCAUUUUUAACAAUAAUUUCAUUGGAAUUGCCUGAAAGUUCAGUGCCAUUAAUUGAUGCAAGUGUUCCAUGUAAAAGAAUUGAUGAAAAUUUCGUCGAAAAAAAUAAUGAAAUUGGAAAUAAAGAACUUUUGGAACGAGUCACUCAAGUUACUGAUGAGAAACGUGAAAAGGAAAAAUGCGUUGUGAGCGUUGAACCUGUUAAGAAAGUUCGUAAAGCUCGAAAACAACAAGGUAUUAAAUUGUUGGCGUGCACGAAGAGACCAGCGACCCUCGAGAAAUGCACGAGAAACAUCGUUAAAGGAAUAGAACAAACUGAAACUUCAGAAGAUGAAGAUGACAGUGAUUGUAUUUGUUCGAAAAUUUCGGAGAAUUUACGUAUUACUUUACGCAAAAAAACCGAAGUAACAAGAACACCACGUGAUCCAAGUCCGGAAGUGACUCACACAAUUCGCAUUGCAAUGAAAUAUCAUGGACAACCGGAAUGUGGUCUCAUCGAUAGAGAAGAAGAUGAAAUACGAGAAUCAGCUAAUUCCAAUUCUGAGAAAAGUAGAAAAUCAAUGGAAAAUGACAUCACCAAAUUAUUGGAAGAAAAACCAAAGGAAAAUUGUUGUUCUAAUCUAAAUAUUGCUCUUGAUUUCACUCUCAAUUGCAAUAGUGUACAAUUGACAUCUAGAGAUAUUAGUUUAAGACCUGUCACCAAAAAUCAACAAACACAAAAUGAUUUUGAUUAAUAAAA